GCUGUAUAUGCAGCAAUAGCUGUGAGCCCAAGCUUCAUGAUACAGAGCUCUUGAGUCUUUUGUCUUAACAGACUAGCAUCAGCAAAGAUGUUUUUGUUUCUUGAAUGCUCUAUGUGAGCAAAGACGCGACCACCGAGACCUUCACCUUCACCUUCACAUGCAUAUUCACAUACUUUAACAAGACUGUAUAUUUCCACGGGCUUAUCUUUUCGCCUUCCAUUCUUCCAUCCUCGAUCUUCCAUCACUCUCUCAGUCCUUCGAUACUUACUCAUCCGCUGUGAGUGCAUGUAGUUAGCUUACGAUCUAUCUGGCCAGCUUGAUACACGCCCUCCCACCGAUCCGCGACUGACUGAUCCUUAACUCACAUCCCCCAUACCAUAUCAUCCCAAACCAUACCAAUCACUUCCUCCAUUCACAAUGGAAGAUAUACCAUCGACACCACCGACCAAACGACCGCACUACCGCCUCAGCGGACUCUCGAACUUCAUCCCACUAAGCGAAGAACCUAGCACUGCUGUGUCGACGCGUGGACAACGACUCCCAAGCUUAAUCCAAAGCCGAUCGACCGCAUCACUAUUCACACUCCCACGACGACCGCGCAGCGAACGACGCAAUUCCGUACACUCGAUCAAUUCCGACACGGAAGUCGAUCCGCUGGUCGGCGACGAGCUAGUCUUGGGCGGCGGCGGUAGCAAUGACUCUGCGACUGCGUCGCCACUCCAUCGGAAAUGGCACCACAGCUAUCAAGCGCCGCAAGAGAUCGAUGCGCGACGCAUGUCGCUCGGACCGGAGAUUUUGAUGACGCCUCAAAUGCGCAGUAUGCGAUUGAUUGGAAACAGCAAUCCUCGGUACCGAUGGCAACAGUAUUACAAGACGGAGGAGCAGUUGAGCAAGAUGAAAAAACCGUUGCGCCAGUAUUAUGAGCGCAAUAAUUUUCUCAUUUCGCAGUAUAUCUACAUCGACCGACUACUCGACUCGUCGCUGCCGCAUAAUCUGAUUCAGGAAUAUACCAAGACGCAAGGGAAUGGAUAUACCAAUCCGAUGAAUACGAUCAAUGAGGAGCCGCAGUCGGCGAUUUGUAUUCCUGGGUCUGGCACCAACAUCGCCGCUGGCACUACCCCGACAGAGACUACAAAGAGUUCACCGGGCAUUUCUCCCAAUGAAACCAAAAUCAAACGCACGCCGAAGAAUUUAUACAAGUUGCCGGAUGAGGCGACUCCUCUACUCGGCGAUCCGGAUCUUGCUAUCGACCCCGAAGAACAACUGUACCCAGAGGUGCCCUACGAUUCGGACGAUGAAGGGGUGGACAGCGACGAUCCCGUUGUCACGGCGGCUAUCUACCUCAACCUCGUGGCCAAUGUCGUCUUGCUGGUGGCUAAACUCGCUGUGAUUGUCAUGACAUCGUCAUUGUCGGUGUUGGCUUCACUAGUGGAUGCAGCGCUUGACUUCCUAUCAACUGCGAUUGUCUGGACUACGACGAAGCUCAUCUCGCAGCAAGAUCAGUAUGCAUAUCCCGUUGGAAGACGGCGCUUGGAACCCGUCGGUGUCUUGGUCUUUUCGGUGAUUAUGAUCACGUCGUUUUUCCAGGUUUUCUUACAGUGCAUCAACCGUCUGACCGUGUCCGGAGACCAUUCCGUGGUGCAGCUGACGCUGCCGGCGAUUAUGAUCAUGGUGUCGACUGUGGUGAUCAAGGGUUUCUGUUGGUUCUGGUGCCGACUAGUCAAGAACUCAUCGGUCCAAGCGCUGGCGCAGGAUGCCGUGACUGAUGUCGUCUUCAACACCUUUUCCAUCAUCUUCCCCCUUGUCGGCUUUUACCUUAAUGUUUGGUGGCUCGAUGCUCUAGGCGGCUUAUUACUAUCUCUCUACGUCAUCUCCAACUGGUCCAAGACCUCAUCACAGCAUGUCCGGAACCUCUGCGGCGCCGCCGCCACUGCCGAUCAACGAAACGUCCUCCUCUACCUCACCAUGCGCUUCGCAAAGACGAUCAAGUAUAUUCAAGGCCUCCAGGCCUACCAUGCCGGCGAUAAGUUGAACGUUGAGGUUGACAUAGUGCUGGAUGAGAAUAUGAGUCUUAGAGACAGUCAUGACCUUGGCGAGUCUCUCCAGUACGUCCUUGAGAGUGUCCCUACUGUCGACCGUGCUUUUGUCCAUGCCGAUUAUGCCGAUUGGAAUCUCCCCAGCCAUAUGAACCAGCAGGGAUGAGAACCAGGUAGCUCAUGGUGCCAGAUUGGUUUUAUGGGAUGUCUUUUACUGUGACUGAAGGAUAGAGCAAUCCUUCUUCGCCUCUGCUUUAUACCCUAUCAGUCAAGAUGGACCGAGUGACAGGACAUUACAGGAUGGAUGCUGACUGGAGAACGGCGCGGCUAGUUGUUCGAUGUAAAAGAUCGUCCUGUGCUCUGGCUCUAUUCAUAUAGUUUGUAAGUGUGUAUAAAAUUCCCUCAUCUGGACAGUAUCGACGAAUGCAAUGAGCAUGUGUCCUUACUCAAUAAUGAGAAAAUGAUCAAAAACGUCUCACGUG